CAGAGUAAAAUCUCGUCUCCUCUCUCUCUCUAAAUAUAAACCGCUUCCAAAAUCAAAAUCCUUCUGUGCAUUGCAUAAUUUGUGCAGACCAUAAAUUUAUCAAACACACCGUUUCUGCUAUAAUGAACUCUCUUGUGCUCGCUCAUUAGCCAGACUCCGAAGAUCCAUUGCUGCAAAAAGCUCCAAGCUUUUUUUAUGCCUUUUUUGGGUCAUACUUUUCGUAUAAUUCAAGUAAUUUGAAUUGUAAUCGCGAUUUCUUAGAGGCGAUCUUCCUCCAGGCCUCUUUGGAUCAGGAUUUUUUCUAGUCCAACUUAAUAAAAAUGUGGUAAAUUUAUAAUCUGUUUUCGGAGAUAAUUUUUCUGGUACAAAGCGAUGAAGAGGUCUAGAGAUGAUGUGUUUGUGAAUUCUCUGCCUAAAGGCUCUGCCAUUCCUUCUCCAACUGAACCUUCCGGGCAAGCCCAGAUGUCAACUGCAAGAAGUGUUCAGAAGCUCCAGACAACUGAUGCCUUGUCGUAUCUCAAAGUUGUGAAGGAAAAGUUUCAGGACAAAGGGGACAUGUAUAAUGAGUUUCUUGAUGUCAUGAAAGAGUUCAAGGCUCAAAGAAUCGAUACAUCUGGUGUUAUAGUGAAAGUGAAGGAACUAUUUAGAGGGGACCGAGACCUAAUUCUAGGUUUCAAUGCCUUUUUACCGAAGGGAUACGAGAUUACCCUCCCAGCGGAGGAUGAACCACUUUCAAAAAAGAAGCCGGUAGAUUUUGAAGAAGCAAUCGGUUUUGUAAACAAAAUAAAGACUAGAUUUCAGGGUGAUCAUCACGUAUACAAUGCAUUUCUUGACAUCUUGAAUAUAUACAGAAAAAAUAAUAUGUCAAUAACAGAAGUCUAUCAGGAGGUUUCAGUUCUUUUUCAGGAUCAUGCAGACCUACUCAUAGAGUUCACUCACUUUUUACCUCAUACUACUCCUGCCGCCUCCGUCCAUCAUGCUCAGCCCGUUAAAAAUCAUAUCUUGCUGCAGAAUAGUGGAGCCUCUCCCAUGACAACGACACGGCCCAUUGAGCAGAAGCCGGCUGCAGGUGACCAGUUUGUUGCUUGCCCUGAUUCAGAGCAAUGGGGAGUAUAUACAAAAGAAAACAAAACUGAGCGUGAUUAUGAUGAUAACUUGGACAAUGCAAGAAAAAUUGCAUGCAGAGAUGAUUCUGCGAAUGACCAAUCACCUAAAGGAACAGAGGACCCAGUGUCAAUUUUCUGCGGGAAAGUGAAGGAAAGAUUGAAAGAUUCCGAAAACUACAAGAAAUUCUUGGACUGUGUUCGCUCCUAUAGAAGCAAGUUUGUUACAGCGCCUCAAUUUCAAAAGCUGGUGGCUAAUAUACUGGGAUCACAUCCAGACCUCAAGGAACAGUGUGAUGAUUUCAUAAUUUAUGUUGAGAAAACAGGCAGCAAACAGAAUUUCAGAUCUCUAAAGGUAGACGGUCGUGAAGCAGAUGAGCACUUUAAGGAAGACAGUACCAAAAAUCACGGCGAUAGAGAAAGGGACAGAUCCGACAAGGUUCUUGCUUUCAGUAAUGAUGUCCAGGGACAGAAGGUGUCCAUUACAAAGGAGAAGUAUAUGGCGAAACCCAUUCAUGAACUUGAUCUCUCUAAUUGCGAAAGCUGCUCACCAAGUUACCGACUUCUUCCUAACAAUUAUCCGAUUCCAUCUGUGAGUUGUAGAACAAAGAUUGGUUCUGAAGUGCUGAAUGAUCAUUGGGUGUCCGUCACUUCAGGAAGUGAGGACUACUCGUUCAAACAUAUGCGCAAAAACCAAUAUGAAGAAAGCCUGUUCCGUUGCGAGGAUGACAGGUUUGAACUUGACAUGUUGUUGGAAUCUGUAAACGCAACAACAAAGCGUGUUGAAGAAUUGUUAGAUAGUAUGAAUUCUCAUACCGACAAGAUUGAGAGUUCAUUUCAAAUAGAUGAUCUCCUAACAGCUGUUAACCUUCGUUGCAUUGAGCGUUUAUAUGGUGACCAUGGGCUUGACGUGAGGGAUGUAUUGAGGAAGAACGCACCCCUUGCCCUGCCAGUUAUUUUGACGCGGCUGAAGCAGAAACAGGAAGAAUGGGCAAGAUGCCGCUCCGAUUUCAAUAAGAUUUGGGCUGAAAUUUAUGCUAAAAACUACCACAAGUCACUAGAUCACCGGAGCUUCUAUUUUAAACAACAAGAUACAAAGAACUUGAGUGCUAAAGCAUUUUUAGCUGAAAUCAGAGAAAUGAGCGAAAAGGAUCAGAAUGAAGAUGAAAAGAUUCUCUUCAUCAGUGCUGGAUACAGACAACCCAUCAAACCUCAUAUGAAGUUUGAGUAUCCUGAUCCAGACAUUCAAGAAGAUCUAUAUCAGCUCAUGAAAUACGCUUGUGGAGAAGUGUGUACACCUGAGCAGCAUGAAAAAGUUAUGAAGAUUUGGACAACGUUCAUUGAACCGGUGUUCAGCAUUCCUCCCCGUCCUAGUGUGGGGGACGUCAAAGAAACUGUCAAAAAUGAUUCAACUACAAGACUGGCCAAUUUUGGUGAAGGGAACAACAUCCCUCUUGUCGAGGCUGCUUCAGAAAACCACAGAUUAUCAGAUAUGUCUAAACCCGGUGGUGAAAAUAUUCAAACUGAACAAUCCUGUUGCAGCAAAAUACUAAAGGGACAUGACGAUAACGUUGGCAAGAAUGGUGGUUCUCCUAGAGCAAAUAAUACUGCCUAUGAGAUUGAUAUAUUACGCAAUGGAACCCAAAAUGGACUAAUGCGCACUGAUGCCGGCAUCAUACCUGCUAUGUCCGGAACCAGCAAACAAGCUGGUUUCUUCGAGCAAGUUACCCCUAACGCUACAGGAGAAAAGAAUACAAAAGUUGAAAAUGGAUCAAGUAGUGCUAUUGGUGAUCACAGGACUACGGUACUGCUGAAUAACAAACCACAGUGUGGUCUUUAUAGGAAAGUUACUUCCUCUGCGGUUGAGGGGAUCAAAGCCGAGAAAUGCCACAAUGAAAUUAUAGGUUUCGGUAAAGGUGAACGAGAAGAAGGUGAAUUAUCUCCUAGUAAGAAUCACGAAGACAACAUUUUGGCAGCAUUUGGAGGCGUCGCGUACAGUUCAUGUAAAAGUGCUGAGAGUACUAGAAGGACCGGAGGAGAAGCACUUUGUGCUGUGGAGGCGAGAACAGAAAAUGCUAACGGUGGCGAUGAAGGUGAUGAAAGUGCCAAGGGAUCCUCAGACAGCGAGAAUGGCUAUAAAAUUGCUGAAGUUUCAGCGACUGAUUCAGCCGAUAGAGAAGAGCGCUCCCCCGAAGAUCAUGACGAAGAUGAGGACCGUGAUGAGAAUGACAACAAGGAUGAGAGUGAACGAGAGGCUGAAGGGGUAGCAGAUAUCCAUGAGAACGAGGGAACGGUUGCAAUUUCUGGUCACAUUCUACAUACUGUAAAGCCUCUUUCAACGAAAAUGCCUGCUGCCUUACCUAUCAAAGAGAGGAACACGGAGAUUUUCUACGGAAACGAUUCCUUCUAUUUGCUUUUUAGGCUUCACCAGAUUCUAUAUGAAAGAAUGCAUAGUGCUAAGCUGCAUUCGUCGUCUCCUGAAAAUAAAUGGAGGAUCUUGAAUGAUUCAAAUACGACGGAUUCAUAUGCUAGAUUUAAGGAUGCACUACACAGUUUGCUGGAUGGAUCAUCCGAUAAUGCAAAGUUCGAAGAUGAUUGCCGAACUAUCAUUGGUGCUCAAUCCUACAUCCUGUUUUCACUAGACAAACUGAUACAUAAACUUGUCAAACAGCUACAAACAAUUGCAAGCGAGGAGAUGGAGAACAAGCUCAUUCAGCUAUAUUCAUACGAAAGAUCUAGAAGUCCUAAAAAAUUUUCUGAUGAUAUUUAUCACGAGAAUGCACGUUUUCUUCUUCCCGAAGACAACUUGUAUCGGAUAGAAUGUGUGCCUUCUCCAACGUGUUUAACGGUUCAGCUCAUGAAAAACGAGCAGGACAAACCCGAAGAGACGGCUAUCUACAUGGAUCCCUCGUUUGCAACUUAUUUGAAUGAUGAACUCCUAGCAGUUGGUCCAGAAAGAAAGGGAAAACACAAGAUAUUCUUGAGGAGAAACAAAAGAAAAUUUUCGACUCAAGACAAGGUCCCCGACAUCUCCAGAGACACAGAACAACUUGUAGCUUAUAAUGGUCUUGAAAUCAAGGUUGCUUGCAAUACACUAAAGGCUGCGUAUGUUAUAGGCACAGAAGACUUCUUAUAUCGCUUGAGCAAAAGGAGGAAAACGCCGUUUCACAGUGGCUGUUCUCAAAGAGUGAGAAGAAUCUGUAGAUUGAUGGUUAGUUGAAUAGCAAAAGCUUCACUGCAUCGGAAAGAUGAAGGUUAGGCUCUUCUUUUCCAACUUAUGGUUCUUGAAACCUUAACUGGUUAUCUAUCUCGCACCAUGAGUUGGUUGGUCGACAAAAUCAGAUCGUGUUAACUGAUAUCAGUUAAACGCGAUCUGAUGGUUGAAAGUGAGCUGAGAACAACGGCUGAAUCUCCUUUCAACGGUCACAUGACGAGCACUGUGCUCCGUGUUGAUGGAAGGAGAGGAUCUGAAAAUAUGUAUAUGUAGAUAUUUACAUGUGUUACAUUGAAGCUGAAUUCACUGGUAUUACAUAACGCAUUUUUUAUCCA